GCCUGGUGUGCUGCCGCAUGGUCGGAGAAUUUGGUUACAAAUUCGAAUGCGCACGCCUGGGAUAAGCCAUUUGCUUCUCCGCGUUGUCGCGAAGGCGGUCGUGAACCUAUUCUCCCGGCCAAUGAUUCUGAGCGUGCUUGGCGUUAUAGGACCUCUAGCGACAGUGGCCGCGUGUCCCCGCAUAAAAGAAAUUCUCCCUCCUCCCCCGUGGAUGAGAACUUGCUGCAGAAUUCAUCUCGUCUCUGGUCCAGUUCCGCUCCCAUGGAUUCUAAUGCUGCUGGUGACGGACAUAGUACCAAUUCUGGGGACCGUAUUGUCUAUUCGGAAGAGCCCCUCUUCAAUCAGUUUAGACCCUUGACCUCUGAUCAGUGCAAGCAGCAUGAUGUUCUGUUGGGAGCUGGGGGGCUCGGGCAAACACAAACCUUCGGAAGAGAACAGGUCCGUAUCUACUCUGUCCACCAGCUGUUGUAA